UUCCUCUUCCCCAUCUUCUCCGAAUUCUGCCUCGCCCACCUCCCCGACGAGCUCCGCAAGUUCCGCUCCCUCAUGGACUCCGCCGACCUCACGCGGCCCCACACUUGGUUCCCCUUCGCCCGCGCGAUGCGUCGCCGCAUCGUCUACCACUGCGGCCCCACCAACAGUGGCAAGACCUACAACGCGCUCCAGCGCUUCAUGGAGGCCAGGAACGGCGUCUACUGCAGCCCGCUCCGCCUCCUCGCCAUGGAGGUGUUCGACAAGGUCAAUGCGCUCGGCGUCUACUGCAGCCUCCACACCGGGCAGGAGAAGAAGAACGUGCCUUUCGCCAACCACGUGGCGUGCACCAUCGAGAUGGUCUCCACCGACGAGCUCUACGAGGUCGCCGUCGUAGACGAGGUCCAGAUGAUGGCCGACCCGACCCGCGGGUACGCCUGGACCCGAGCCCUGCUCGGCCUCAAGGCCGACGAGAUCCAUCUCUGCGGCGACCCCAGUGUCCUCAAAAUAGUUAGGAAGAUAUGUAAAGACACCGGCGAUGAAUUGGAAGUGAACCGCUACGAUCGCUUCAAGCCGCUCGUAGUCGAAGCAAAAACCCUCUUGGGGGAUUUAAAGAACGUCCGGUCCGGUGACUGCAUUGUCGCCUUCUCAAGAAAGGAGAUAUUUGAAGUGAAAUUGGCAAUCGAGAAGUUCACCAAGCACAAGUGCUGCGUUAUUUAUGGUGCAUUGCCUCCGGAGACGAGGCGGCAGCAGGCGAACUUGUUUAAUGAUCAGGACAAUGAGUACGAUGUCCUUGUUGCCAGUGAUGCGGUCGGGAUGGGCUUGAAUCUUAAUAUCAGAAGGGUGGUGUUCUAUACCCUUUCAAAGUAUAAUGGUGAUAAGAUGGUGCUGGUUCCCGCCUCCCAGGUGAAGCAGAUCGCGGGCCGGGCUGGGCGGAGGGGUAGCAUAUACCCCGAUGGGCUAGUGACCACUUUUCUUUUAGAUGAUUUGGAGUAUCUGAUUCAGUGCUUGCAGCAGCCAUUCCAGGAGGUGACGAAAGUUGGCUUAUUUCCUUUCUUCGAGCAGGUGGAGCUGUUCGCAGGGCAAUUCGCAAACCUUACAUUUUGUGAGCUUUUAGAUAAAUUCCGCGAUAACUGCCGUCUUGAUGGGUCGUACUUCUUAUGUCAUCACGAAAGUGUUAAGAAAGUAGCAAACAUGUUGGAGAAAGUGCAAGGACUUUCUCUCGAAGAUCGAUUCAAUUUCUGCUUUGCCCCGGUUAAUAUUAGGGACCCGAAGGCGAUGUACCAUUUGUUAAGGUUUGCUUCGCACUAUAGCCAGAACCGCCCAGUUAGUAUAGCGAUGGGGAUGCCGAAGCAUUCUGCCAGGAACGACGCGGAGCUGUUGGAUCUUGAGACAAAGCAUCAGGUUCUUUCGAUGUAUCUGUGGCUAUCGCAUCACUUCAAGGAGGAUAAUUUUCCUUACGUUGAGAAGGCCGAGACGAUGGCAACAAAUAUUGCCGACUUGCUUGGGAAGUCUCUUGCCAGAGCUUGCUGGAAGCCCGAGUCGAGAUCACAGGGGAGGCCGAGGGCUGAAGAAGUUGCGGAUGAUCAUGAGGAGAAUGAUCACGAGGAGGUAAAACCGGUUGCUAAAGAUGGGUAUGAAAGGCCGCGAUCACUUAUGAAGGUGUUUCAAACGAAAAGACAAGAUCAACCUGGCCAGAAUCACUCUCCAGUGAACUUUGUAGCGUAACCUGAGGCGCUUCUCCAUUAUUUCCUUAUGCGCACUCCGACAGUGCUCCUGCUGCUUACGGAAGUGAUUACUACUUGCCCAUCAAGAAUUGGUGGUUGCGAGUGCUUCUGCUGCCAGUCCUGCAACGUGUUCAUCACGUUGGUCGCAAGAAACUGGCGGUGUAUCUCCAAUGCAUGAGAAUCGGGAUUGCUAAGCUGGUUCUCAAUUGAACGAAGAAGGAAAAAAGGGGCUCGGCUUCAAGCUCUUUGAUGCUUAAUCCUUGUACUCUAUAUAGGAGGCUUACAAUUAUAUGACUAGAGGUGCUUAGGAAGAAGGAUUUUGCUGUAUCAGAUUUAGGAGACGAGGUAUUUCUGUAAGUUAUGACUGAAGAAGUGAUGGUGGCGGAUAAACAUGAUACAAGUAAUAAUUUCUUUAUAGUUUAACCCAUUCGGAGGUUCAACUGUGCUGUUGAGUUUGUAUUUUAAGCUGUUUAUUGAACUAAAAGUAAUGCAACAAAGAAAUCCAGGAGUUUUAUUUUGGUAAAAA